AUGGACUUCCAACCCUUCAGCCGCUUGGCAAUCGAGCUGCGCCUGGAGAUCUGGGACGCCUACCUGGACUACGAAUACGGCGAGCGCCGCUUGGUGCUCCUCGACGAGAACCGACGCGUCAAACCGACCCAGCAUCUUCGAUGUUCUCUGUUGGAAGUCAACCGAGAGUCCCGCGACCACGUGCUAAAGACGCAGGACAUUGUCGCGCUUCCCGCGCAACGCGUCCCGAAGGGAACCAUCUACGUCAAUUUGAGGCACGAUACCUUCUUCCUUAUCAACGACAAACACUGGACAACGUUCCAGAACCACCAGGCCGAUGCCCGUACCUUUCACCAGCUGGUCGCCGAGCGCGACACCACCGUCCCUAUCUCGUUGGAGCUCUGUGCCCAGGUACGAAAGUCGAUGGAUGUUCUGGUGUACUGCGACGACGAGAUUUUGGGUAGCAAUGGCAACUUUCCCGAAAUAUUCAGCCUACACGAGUUUCUUGCCGAGACCUUGAGGGGCCUGCAAACAUGCGUCGAACUGUACGCCGAACGUUGCCAUGGCAAGAUUCCGGACAUCAUGGGCGAUGCAUGCCGACUGAGCUUCAAGGACCUCGUCGACAAGUAUUAUACAGAGACGCAAGUCGUGGAGAGCUAG